GAGCGGCUGGGCGGGGCGUCUGAGUCAGGCUUGGGCAACCCGGUGGGCAGGGCGUGGGAGGCGGCGGGGACUAGCAGGAGCCCAGCGCCCAGCGCACCGCACUCAGGCACCGCUCCUAGCCGCAGCCGCAGUUCCUCGCUCCACUCCAACUCGGCAAAAAAUGUCCCACCCUACGGAGACUGAGCGAUGCAUCGAGUCCCUGAUUGCUGUUUUCCAGAAGUAUGCUGGGAAGGAUGGAAACAGCUGUACUCUCUCCAAGAGGGAGUUCCUAAGCUUCAUGAAUACAGAACUGGCAGCCUUCACAAAGAACCAGAAGGAUCCUGGUGUCCUCGACCGCAUGAUGAAGAAGCUAGACCUCAACAGUGACGGACAACUAGAUUUCCAAGAAUUUCUUAAUCUUAUUGGUGGCUUAGCCGUGGCUUGCCAUGAGUCCUUCUUGAAAUCUCCCCAUUACCAGAAGCGUAUCUGAGGCCCCCACGGGCCUAGCCUCAAAAACCUCUUUCUUCCCUUCAGUCACCCAGUCAUUCCAGCCCACACAUACCCUGAACCCAAUACAUCCACCACACUAGGCAGCCCACUGCCGCUGCUGGAAAUAAAACAAUCUUUUUUUUUUUAAACACA